AUGGUCGUCCAAUGUUAUCCUUCCUUUUUUUUUUCUCUCUCCUUUUUUUUUUUUUGUCUUCUAAAGAAACACCUUUCAAUAAUAGGACGAAAAGCCAGUAGUUCAGACAAUUUCCAGAAGGAUUUGCCAUCUUUGCUCCGCUUCUUCACUCUUGUCUUUCAAGGCGACUGUCGACCAGGAAAGUUUUCUUUAUCUUUCUUUUCUUUCUUUCUUUCCUUCUCUUUUUCUUUCUUUCUUUCUUUCUUUCUUUCUUUCUUUCUUUCUGAGAUUAUCCUUUAUUUAUUUCCCUCUUUCUUUCUUUCUUUCUUUCUUUCUUUCUUUCUUUCUAAUGAAUUUGCGGCCAUACAUCUAUCUCUAUAUCUCUCUCUUUCUCUCUCUCUAUCUAUAUAUGUCUCUCUCUUUCUCUCUCUCUCUCUAUAUAUAUAUAUUUUUUUUUCAUUUAUAUUCUUUCCAGUUUUCAUUUGUUCUCUGAUUUUUAAAUUAUUUUCCUUUUAUAAUUUUUACCUUUUCUUUUUAACAUUUUCAUUCAUACAUUCAUUCUUUCUUUCUUUCUUUCUUUCUUUCUUUCUUUCUUUCUUUCUUCCCAACUCUCUUUUUCUAUUUCUUAUUUUAUCUCUGCUUUUAUGA